AUGCCCGAUCCUGGUGAAGUACUGGCCCUUUACAUAGCAGCAACCGAAUAUGCAGUCAGUGCGGCACCGCUAGAGGUUGUUCUCAAAAAUGCUGUGAAAGUGGGAAGAAUAGCAAAGUGGAAUACUCAUCUUGAUCAAUUAAAUAUCAUCCACGAGAUCCAAACUGCACAAAAAUCACAAGUCUUGGCGGAUUUUUUAGCAGACUUACCCUUGGACAAUGACGAAGAGGUGAAGGACAUCCCAGAAGCAGCAGAGGACGAUAAAGAUUCGGUCUAUGUACUCGAUUCAUCAAGUCAAAGACGAUGGGAGGUCUUCGUUGAUGGAUCAAGGAACAGAGAAGGAGCGGGCGUAGGCAUCGUAAUUGCCACCCCAACUGGAGAUAGGAUUGUGCAUGCACUAAGACUGGAAUUCAAGGGGAAUACCAACAACAUCGUGGAAUACGAAGCCGUGGUACAUUCCCUACGAUUGAUAAUAGAAAUGGGAAUAACAGACGUAUGCCUAACAAGUGAUUCCCAAUUAGUCAUUCGACAAGUAAAGCUGGAAUACAACGUUUAUGAUGAGACUCUCUCAGCAUACAUGGCUCUAGUCCAGACCCUAGCAUCACAGAUACCCAGCAUCAAGUUCCGACAUCUAUGUAGAAGGGACCUUAGGCAUGCCGAUUCCUUAGCAUACAUAUCAUCUAUCCUAAGGGAUGAAAGCGUCGAAUCCAUCAAGGUAACAAGGAUAUAUGAGCCUUCGAUCACUCCACAACAAUCCUUUGCUACCCAUCGUGAAGACGAUGUAGGGGAAGACAUAGUCAAUGAAGAUGCAGGAGAAGAUAUCCAUGAUGACUUCGUCGAAGAUGAUAUCUUAUCAAGAGAAAACGAAGACGAAGACUUCAGCAAUGAAGAAGACUGGAGAACCGAAAUCCAUCUGCUCCUUGAACAAGGAACACUGCCGGCGUACUUGAAGCAAGCCCGAAAGAUACAAUCAAAGGCGGGAACAUACGAUCUUUGUGGCGGAAUUCUUUAUAAGAAGUCCUUCCUUGGACCUUUAUAG